ACCAAAUUCAGUUACAUCGUGUUGGUGUGUUAGUGAGGUCCUGCUCUGUUUGCUUCAUAUUUUUUCGCGACAUUCUGUUUUCCAAUGCGGCUCUUUCAUGCACAUUUUGCACUAUUUAUAGGACGAGCGUCGCGAGUAUCACUCAAUAUCAAUAUCAAGCGAUAUCAACGGAGAUAUAGAUAAUAUUUCACUACAGAUCCAUUGAGGUAGGUUAUGGAGCUUGAAGUAUUCACCGUGUAAUCGUGUGAAAUGAGAUACAUGUGACGUCAUGAAUUGGUUAAGAGACGAUCGGUUCGUGUCGAAUGUCGGAGUGGUGUAGUUAAAUUGUAAUCGUUCUGCAUUCUAGCAAUGUUUUAUCCGUCAUAAGUAAGUUGCGUGAAUAAACAAAUGACAGAAAUGUGAAAUUGAACAACAGACUAAUUAUUUCAAUGUAUAUUUAUUAAGUAACAAGAUCGUGUUUAACACGUUUUCUGAUAUUUACAAGCGGCACCAAGAUAACCUAACCUAACCCAACCUAUUUGCCGGAACAUUUUAUGACAAAUUUUAAAAGUUUAGUUUUGCGAAACGUGAAUUAGUGACAUAUAUCCUAGUGUGCGAGUGAUCAAGAGUGCCAUAUGAUGUAUUCACAUGGGCGUGAGCGAGGACGCAGAAAGCAGAAAAAGCAUUGACCGAAGGAAGGAACAAGACGCAGCGGCGACGCAUCGACUGAGUGAUGAUGUAACGGGACUUUCGCUGUCGCUGCAGUGAACUAACAAUGUCCACACAAUGCAAUCGCUUCGUGCAAAACGCUUGGAAGAAGGAGCUCUGUUCGAACUGCUUCAAACCGAAAGAGGAGCAUGCGGCGACCGACGAUGUCUUGCGACUGAACGUCGAAAAAGCUUCCACAAAUCUGAAGAUUGAUCACCUUCAAGUACAGAGUAUCCUUCGCGGCAAGGCGAUCAGUCGGAAAGAUCAGCGGAAAAAGAAUGUCGGCUUCCCGGAGUCUCUUGCAGAAGUAAUCGGUUACGGCGGCGAUGACUUUUCCGACGGCGAAGAGGAAAGGGACGGUGUGCAGGCCGACCUGUCCGCCAAAUCGGAAGAUUCGGUGCCAGACAGCGAGGAGGAGCGCGCGUUAUUCGACCUGACUCGCGCGAAUACGAACUUCAAUACGGUCACCGCAAACUUAACGGACCUGGAGAACAGCGGGGCGAACGAGGCGACCAAGCCCUCGACGACGACGCCUGCCAAGUCCUUCGCUUCUUUGAUGCUGGGUAGAAUACAGAGAGACGCCGACGGUAGGAAGACGACUCUCUUGGUCUCGGUGACGCCUUUCGGCGGAGACGAAUCUGUUCCCGCUGCCAAACGACCCAUCGAUCGAAAGAUCAACGCGAUCAAUUUGCAAGUCAGUCCGUUCAAAUGCAAAUCCGCGGAUGAAGGAUCGUCGGACAACACUACUGAGAUUGCUAAGAAAUUCAAUGGAACGGAACGAAAGAAGCUCGACGAACAGGAACAAAAGUCGCCUCCGGAACUGGGGAAAAUUGUAGACAUGCCAUUGAUCACCUCUUCCAAUAUGAUUUCCGUUAUGCGGAAGGAAAGCUCGGCGAAUUCCGCCAACGCGGACGCGGAGAAAACGGCGGAGACGACGACGGCGCAAAAGUGCUCGCCCGUUUGCAAAGUCGAGAAGAGAAACGCCAUAAACGUCCCGCUUAAUGGCGUUUCAGCGGUGAAAAAGACUGAAGUUGAGCCGUCGUCAAGGAUAUCUGCGCAAUCCGCGCCGAACAGUGGCGUGGGAGAGAGCGAGUGCGUAAAGAGGACGACGGUGAAGAAAAGCGAAUGUACGCAACAAAAUGAGGAGAAAGAAGCGGGAGCCGAGCUCGCCUUGACGUCUCUGAAGAACGAAGAGACGCCGGAAAGCGAUCGUCCGAUGAAUAUCAUCGAUAAAAGUGGCAACAAAGAGUCGUCGCCGCAAGUGCGCAAGGUCGAAGGGGGAUGCGAAAACGCGAUGGAAAGAAAAUUUUGCUUCGAAAACAGCCGGGAGCUCGCCGGGGAACCGGACGGCAAAGCGGACGAGGAGGAAUUAACGGAACCGCCGGCGUUGCCUACGAGCCCGCCGCCGAUCAUAACCACGGAACCGAGGACCUCUUUUCUACACGGUAACGUUAAUAAUAUCGAUUUGAAAGCGAAACCCGCCGUACCGCAGAAGCCCGUGACCUUUUCCACGAAGGCAAGCCUGAACGAUGGUCCGCUCACUGUGAAGAAAAUUCCCAACAGCGAUUACGUACUGCCGCCGCCGUCCGUUCAAAAUGUCGCCAGCAGAUCCUUGCAGCAUUUAAAUUUGCAAGAGAUAAGCUCUCGACAUGCAGCGAAGAAGAAUACCUCGAGCGAGGUUUCAUCGGAAUAUCAAGUUUCCUCGAAUAUAACUCAAAACUUGGAAUCUGAAAAUCGAACAAAACCCCCAUUAAAAUCCGCUCUUUCGCCGUUAUCUACUUCCAUUUUAAAUACUCCAACAGCGCCAAGCUUGUCGAGGAAUUAUCCGAUGGAAAAUGAAGAAGCGGACGAGAACAUUGCGCCGGAUGAGGAGUUUCCGGAAAUCACUCCCGUUUCCGUGUCCACAAUGGAGCUUAUACGCUCGCCAAACAAGAGAAGAAUGGCUCCGCGACCGCCGGAAUCCGCGGAGGAACUUCUGCCGGUCUCUUCUCUGUUCGCGAGGAAUCCGGGAGCGAAUAUGAAAUCCGAUUCACCGGUCGUCCGCGAGAAGGAGAAGAGAGAGCGAUCGUCCUCGUGCAGUCCGAAGUUUCGCAAAGCGGUCUGCGAACUGCCGGAUCCAACCAGCGCAAGCGUUAAAGUCCAACCGACCGAGUCCGCUUCUAGAAGAACGAUAUCCCUGUCGCAGGACAGCUUGACUGCCGAAAAGGAGGUGCGGGAGGAGAAGAAAAGGAGCAGAAAUCGAAGAGGUUUCUCCCUGAAGAGGUUCCUAAGAAUGGGCUCGAGGAAGGAUAUGGACAUGAUCACCGGCCAGACGUCGGGCGCGAAGGCCGACGAGAUACCGUCGACUCCGCAACCGAAACCGCGAUUGGAAAUAAUCCAUCCGUUGGAGCUGGACGGCGCCGCGGUGGAAGUGCUAGGAAACGACAGAAUCGCCACCGUCAAGAUCGGCGAGGAUCAGACGGAUUCCAGUGGCGCGAGAAGCGAAUCAAAAACGGCGCGAUCUCCUCCGUCGUCCGCAGGCGUUACGGCGAGGCCUGGGAAACCCCCGCCGCCGCCCAGAACUCAAUCCCUCGAGGAUUGGCCGAGGCCGGAUUCGGCGAACAAACCUGUCAGACCGCCGCCGCCUCGCGCGGAGAUCAAGUUGAACGUUACUUCUCCGAGAAGCGACAAGAUAUCCUCGAAGGCCACGUGGAGGCCGACGGCCGCGACAACCUCGGACUCGAUUUACGCGAAUCUGGCAGCGGAGGAUGUUACAGGUGAGGUGCGCAGCGCCCUGGCACCCUCGAAACCCCAAAGAACCGCCAGUAUGAGAGACCGGGCCGUUUGCCAGCCCGUCCCGAAGAGGCACGGCGCGUCGUCCGACAGUCAGGACUACGACGGUCUCACCGCCGUGCGACCCACGUCCGACUCGCCGACGUCCAACGACAGUCACGUGUACGAGUGCCUUUCGAGCUCGCCCGAGUGCGAUUCGAAUCUCGAGCUGCGACACGGUGGCGGUGGCGUAUAUCGCAUGCCUUGUAAAAGAAAAUCAGAUAGUAGUGCAAUGGGUGGAGACCCGGAGAUGAAGCUUCAUCAACCGUUCGUGAGAUCGACCUCGUUGCCGUAUUGCGGCAGCGAAACCGAGAGCGAACUUUACGCGCCAUACACGUUUUACACCGGUGACGAGGGUGCCGAGGAGGAUCAGGAUUGGAAAAAUAGGGACGACGAUCCAAGAAUGGGUCGUUUGAGGCAACGCAGGGGACGCACGAUUGUUCAUCGAAGUCUCGAAGACAAUUACGGCGCCGUAGUGGUUGCGAAUCACGAAGCGCUUGCUCAAUUCCUCGAACAAGAAAAUCAAAUCGUUCAGUUGCCGGCAAGUCUACGUGCUCUGAAGAAUGCGAAUCCGCGGCUGAAACAUUUUAAUAUCGAUAUUCCGACAUCGAUUUCCAUCGGCAGGAGGAUAUUUUGCCCGGCGACAUGGAACGAUCAGAACGUCACUCUCUGCAUAACAUUCGAUUUAGCUAUGCCUAUGCCACAAAGAGAUUUUUAUCUAACGCCUGUAGCGGAAUUCAUAGAUAAAGUGCCGAAAGAGAUAAUGGAGAAAGUUCAAUUAUCUUGGAACGAAGAUAUGGAAGCGACAAUUUCGAUUGUUCCGUGCUUGCAUGUGUCCACCAUACAAUCGUUCGGCGCGAUGUCGAAGGACAUAAACAACGAAGGUGUGAACAGGGAGACAUCAUUCGUGUUUCUUCAACUGGUUAACGCUUUGAAAAGUCUCCAAGCGCGUGGGAUCGAGGACGCGAGCAAGUCUCUGAACGACGUUAUACUCUGCAGAGAAGAUGUCUAUUAUCGGCUGUACCUCCUGCAGGGGAGGUUGAACAUAGACCCGAGCGACGAACCCGGCGAGGAACGAGUCUCCCUGUGCGAAUGCGCUCUAAUAGCAUUACAGCAAUUGCAUCUGACGGACGAGCUGCCACUUGUGCAAGAUUUACUUGUACACGAAAAAGCGGUUACUCUCUCGCAGGUAAAAUCUGUGCUUGAAUUCUCGCUAUGGGGACCGGCCGACGUGCCUCUCGGUGGCCCGCGCGAAAGAGAAGUGGCGCUGCAAAGAUGGCUCGACCUCGAAAGAGCGAAUGUACUUCACGCUCUUGUCAAAACAAAGACAGCUCUCACCGUAAUAGACGAAUAUCAAUUAUUAUUUUUGGUACGGACCACUGCCAAGAUUAUAAGUGAAGCGUCAAUACUCUUAGACGAGCAACGUAAUCGCUUGACACGCAAGUGUUGAUCUGUCACGUAUCGCAAGUUCUAGAAAUACUAAAUAUUCGGGAGAAAUCUGUCUUGAUUCGUAACAAGCGCGCUACGAUAAUGUAGAAUAAUUUUUUUAUGCAUGUUACUUGUGUUUCU